CAAUGGGUGAAUAUGAUCAAAUUUCUCCACCAAGUUCUCAACCUGUUAAGGAGAACUCCUUGUCAACCUAAUGAAGCAUUCAAAGACAUGUGACUCUUUUCAAGAUGAACUUGAAGAUUACAUCAAAGUGCAGAAAGCCAGAGGCUUAGAGCCAAAGACUUGUUUCAGAAAGAUGAGAGAGGAUUAUUUGGAAACCUGUGGGUGCAAAGAAGAGGUUGAGUCUAGACCCAGGUGUAGAAUGUUUGAUCAAAGACUCCUUUGUGAAACCGUCCAGACCUACCGAAGACCAUGCAGUAUUCCGCAAACAGUGGAAAAGUGGUUACCUCACUGGCUAGUAGCUCAUGACAGCAGGCUGAGACUGGACUCCCUGAGCUGCUGUCAAUUCACCAGGGACUGUUUCUCAGGAAAACCAGUACCCCUGAACUUUAGUCAGCAAGAGUAUAACUGUAGCUCAUACAGUGUAGAAUCUGGAGUUUACAGGCACCUCUCCUCAGAAAACAGUACCAGUGCCCGUCAAACUAGUUAUAAACAGAUACAUCAGAAGAGAAAAAGGCUCCCAGAGAAAGGCCAGGAAAAACGAGAGGAGGAGCGGCCCAAGCAUAAGAGGAAGAAAACUUGUGAGGAAAUAGAUUUAGACAAAUACAAGAGCAUCCAAAGAAACAAAACAGAGGUGGAAACAGUCAGUACAGAAAAACUUAAGAACCGAAAGGAGAAAAAAAGCCAAGAUGUAGCCUCUAAGAAAUAGGAACUUAAGGGUAGUAAAGAGAAAAAGGAACAAGUCAAAGAAAGGAAGAAGAGGAGAUGCUUUGGGACCAGUCUCUCCUUGGAUUUUGAAGCUCUUGCAUUGGUUCUCCUGAGGUUAAACUGAAAAAAGAGUUGAGGAGCUUGGUUUUAUGAUGUUCCUAUCGCUCUUUUCAUGUGAGCAGGUACAAAGGCUAAGUGAACAGAAAACAUUUAGUGUGCUUGCUCUCCAACAUGGAAAUUACUUUUCCUCUUUUCUAAAAUCAUUACUACAUUUUUCUUAUACAUAAUGUAAUUUCCCUUAACGAGAGUGGCUCUGCUUUAAUUCAUCAAAUUGCUAUGAUGGUGGAAGUAUUUUUCCCUUAGGACGUCAUUUAUUUUAAACUGGAGGAUUAAUAGGCUUUACAGAAUCCAUUUCUUGAUUGGGUUUUAGUUUGGGGUGGGUGUUUUUAUAUUCAUUAGUUUUCUCUGUGAAGCAGUUUAGAUUGAUUUUUUUUCCUUUGUUAGAUCUAACUUGCAGUAUAUUUUCUAUAUUGGAAAGUGGAAAAUGACAUACAUUAUAAUAAGCUUAAGUUACAUACAGUUUUAAACGUUUCAAGGAGUCUUGAUACAAAAUCAGUUUAUAUUCUGGAAGUGUUUAUAAUAUAAUAAAGUUCUAAUUUCUACA